AUGAAUGUAGGUUCAAUAUUAAAUAACGAUGCUCCAAAAGAUCAAGAAUCACAACAGCAACAACCCGAAUUACCUAGGAAAACAUCAUCAUCACAAUCUGUUCAUCAAAGACACUCGAUCACAAGUAUGUUGAACGACACUCCUAAUGAAACUCCACAACCAGAGCCAGGGGCCAAACAAGAAAUAGAAUUAAAAAAGGAAGAAGAAGAAAACAAAGAAGAAGAAGAGGAAGAAAACAAAGAAGAAGAAGAAGAAGAAGAAGAAGAAGAAGAAGAAGAAAACAAAGAAGAAGAAGAAAACAAAGAAGAAGUACAAAUAAAUGAAGAUCAAGAUCAUAUAGAAGUGGAACCAAAACCAGAUAACAAAGAAGAAUUUAAAGUUGUAGAAAGAAUUAGAUCGAAUGAUUCACCUUCAAUUCUCGAUGACGAUGAUGAUUUAACAAGGUUAAAAAAGAUUAAACAGUCUGAAAAACCUAGAAGAUAUGAAACUCCACCAAUAUGGGCUCAAAGAUGGAUACCCGCAAACCAAAUGGAUCAUCAACAACCAAAUCAUCAUGAACCAACACCACAAAUCACAACGUCACGUAUAUCAGACAAACCAGUGUUUGAUUAUACAUCCCUGGGCUCAGUUGAUUUAGAAUGCUCAAUUACUGGUAUAAUUCCACCAUCUUCAAUUACAAGAACAAUUGCAGAAUGGAUAUUUGCAAAUUUUUCAAAUAUUGAUGAACGAAAUAGAAAAAAUGUAGAAUUGGAAAUUAAGUUUGGUAAAAUAAUUGAUAAGAAAACAAAUAAUAGAAUAAAUUUGGAUGUUAUAACUGAAUGUAUUUUCACAAAUCAAUCAAAUAUUAGAUUUGAUAUGGAAGUUGAAGAAAUUGCAUUUAAAGAAGUUAGAAAAUUUUUUGAUGAGUUAGAACAGCAAUUUCAAAAGAAGGAGGGUGGUCCUAAGAGAAAAUUUAAUGUUUUGGAGUCCGAUACAACUGAUAACUUUUAUCAACUUACUAAUAAAAAUGAAAUAUUUAGAAGAAUUAGAAUUUCGAAAGAUAAUUUAUUAGAUCCUCCAAGAUAUAUAGGGAUUCAAAAGGAAAGAAUUUCUGAUUUAUAUAUUCAUAAUCCUGGAGGGAUGUAUGACCUUCGUGUGUCGCUAAGUAUGGAAAUGCCAAUCCCAGAAGGAAAUAUUGAGUCCAUACAGAAAAAUCCAAUUGAUAAAACCAGAGAAAAGAAAAGAGUUACUUAUAAUCAUCAUCCAACAUUAACUCAAUUUGAUUUAACAAAGGUAUUAGAGCCAAAAGAAUCAAAGACUAAACUGGGUAAGAAAAUAACACAAUAUGAUACGAAAUAUGAAGUAGAGUUAGAAAUUGAUGUAUUGGAAGUUUUUAAUGCAAUUGAUAAAAUCACUUCAGGAAUCGAUAAUUAUAGAUUGGAGGAAAUUGUUGAAAUAUUUUUAAAUAACGCAAGGGUUAUAAAUAAUAGAGUUACGAAAUUAGCCUUAUGA